AGCUCCAAGCCAUUGCAAAGUGCUAAUGGUAAUGGCGGAUUCUCCUAAACCCUAAAAGCUUCUUCGCUGUUUUCAUGUAAGGUUGGAAGACCGAAAGAGGAUUGCUAGAUUGAAGUAGGGGGGCUGAGGUCGAGUAGACACGGCAUCAUCGUCUGCAAGGAUGGAGAGUAGUGGUGAUUCGGUAGAUUUGGUGCUGGUCACAAGGCCAGCCGGAUUCGGAAUGCCUACUGUAUGUCCUGCUUGUCUCCCUGUGUAUCUGUACUUGCGACUUGCUGCGGUUUCGUUUCGGGAGCAGGUGUCUGCCGUCGAGCCAGAUUCGGUGGAUUUGCCCUGUGUGGAGUAUGGGGAGAAUGUUGGAUUCUCGAGCGAGAACGGGGGAGUGAUUGAGUUUCUGCGCAAGGAGAAAAUUGCUGAUUUAGAUGCGGACUUGAGCGACAGUGAGAAAGCUGAGCUGGAGACUUGCAAGGCGAUGAUGGAAUCGUGGGUUGCGGAUGCCAGUGCGUUUGAAGUGUGGACGCGGGAUAAUGAUAGGCAAUGCAAGGUUGUGUAUUUUUCUGAGUUGCCCUGGGGGCUCGUUCAGGCGCUGGAUUGGAAGCAGCGGCUUGCUGUUAUGCAGCGGUUGGGCAUCACACCUGAGAACACUGUUGCAAGGUCCGAGGAGCUGUUUAGGAAGGCUAGUAAUGCUUACUCUGCCCUCUCUGUUCUUUUGAGCGACCGAAAGUUCUUUUUCAAUAAUCGGCCGACGAGCCUUGAUGCCCUUGUGCUGGGCCACCUCAUCUUCCACCUGCGAGUGCCAUUUGAGAUAUCAACGUUGAAAGGAGAGAUUCUUAAAUACCAAAAUUUGGUGGAUUAUGCGGAAUCUUGGGGUAAACAGCUGUUAGACAAGCAAGCAAUCCUUGCCAAUCCUGCAUUUCGUCCUAAGGCACCCCCAUCUCCCCCUUUGAGGCCAACGAAGCUAGGAUCAAAUGAGAGAGAAGAGCCGGCUAAAAAGGCCAGAAGUGAGUCAGAUAUCCUUCUAAAGAAACGGGCUAAAUAUUUUUUGAUUGCGCAAUUCCUAGCCGUCUUAAUGUAUAUUUUUAUUGCAGGAUAUGAAGUUGAUGAUGAAGACCUUGACGUGGAUGAUGAUUAAGCUUUUUCAUUAUCCAUUGAUUUGUUCUUAGGAUUAAGUUUUCAGCAGGUGUCAUUCAAGGGGCUUUCAGAAGUAUCAUUCCUGUCUUCCAAUUUUUACCUAUUUGCUCUGUAUAGUUCUGGUAUUGCUAAUCUACCAUGUUUUCCCUUAACAAUUAGGGUUUGAAAAUACAUGCAUAUCUACUGUGGUCUGAUAUUGCAUUAACUUCAUGGAUUCUGAGGGUAGAUGUGGACUUUGUACCGGCGAGUUUAGCUCAUUUGGUGCUGUGUUGGUAACAUGAUAGUUUCAACAAUGUUUGAUAUAUUGUACAAAUGAUACUGAUUGUGUAAUGGCAAGCUGUUAACAAUUUGGAGAAA